AUGACGGCCAUUGACACGGAUAUUGAUUCUGUGAAGCGGAUGUUCGACGUCAACGUCUUUGGACCGAUGCGGAUCGUUCACCAUUUUCGUGAUAUGCUUAGUAAAGCUCAUGGCACUAUUGUGAACAUCGCCUCUGUAGGGGGCAUCCUUCCAUACAUCUAUGGCUCAUCUUACAACGCAAGCAAAGCUGCUCUUCACCACUGGUCUAACACACGCCGUGUAGAGAUGGCCCCGUAUGAUAAGAGCCCUGCCAGCACCGACACCAUCAUCACCUCCUGGCUAGGGAAGAACGACGUUGUUGCGCGAAGGGCUCUAACUAAUCCCUUUCAGGGGAUCGAAGAUGAACCUUCCUUUGUCUACAGCCAAGGGCCAACUGCCAACAGGGCGGCCUCGUACAUGCCGACUCUCGAUCCUUCUGGGCUACUAGCUAACCCUGGCGAGACCUCUGACUACCCAGCUCUCGCGGAGGAGGCUUCUGACACCUCCCUCCCGGUGGCUGAGGCUGAGUACCACCGAGCUCGGGCCCGCAUGGCGUUUUUCGAUGCGGCACUAGAGGCCGCUCGCCGUCGGGGAGACGACCUCGACCUCAGAUUGGCUCGUUAG